ACGCGAAAUCUAGUGAGUCGCUGGUGCUGCGACUCGCGGGUAGGGGAAUGGAAUAAAAGUGCCAGCCGCAGACCGCCAUAUUGCAUUGCAUUGAAGAGAUUCUCGUCGAGAACAUCAGUUGUGUAUUCUAGUUCAAGUUUUUUUUAAAGUAACAAAAUGAGGGAAAUUGUUCACAUUCAAGCCGGCCAAUGUGGAAACCAGAUUGGAGCUAAGUUCUGGGAAAUCAUCUCCGAUGAGCACGGUAUUGACCCCACUGGGGCCUACCAUGGAGACUCCGACCUCCAAUUGGAAAGGAUUAAUGUUUAUUACAACGAAGCAUCCGGUGGAAAGUAUGUGCCUCGUGCCAUCCUGGUCGACUUGGAACCGGGAACUAUGGAUUCUGUCAGAUCGGGACCUUUUGGACAAAUCUUCAGGCCGGACAACUUCGUGUUUGGACAGUCUGGGGCCGGAAACAACUGGGCCAAAGGACAUUACACCGAAGGAGCCGAAUUGGUAGACUCAGUGCUGGAUGUCGUGAGAAAAGAGGCAGAAUCCUGCGACUGUUUACAAGGAUUCCAAUUGACACACUCGCUUGGAGGUGGAACCGGCUCUGGAAUGGGAACUCUAUUAAUUUCCAAGAUCAGAGAAGAAUACCCCGACAGGAUCAUGAACACUUACUCAGUAGUCCCCUCGCCCAAAGUAUCUGAUACAGUAGUGGAACCAUACAAUGCCACACUCUCUGUUCAUCAACUGGUUGAAAACACCGACGAAACUUACUGCAUUGAUAACGAAGCUCUCUACGACAUCUGCUUUAGAACUCUGAAACUCACCACACCCACAUACGGAGAUUUGAACCAUCUUGUAUCGCUCACCAUGUCUGGAGUAACCACAUGUUUGAGGUUCCCCGGUCAACUGAACGCUGAUCUUCGCAAACUGGCUGUAAACAUGGUUCCUUUCCCACGUCUGCACUUCUUCAUGCCUGGAUUCGC